AUGUCUGCAUCUCUAAACGGAGUGGACGAUGACAACCAAAUAGAGACCAUAGAUACCACUACAAAUGAGUUGGAGUAUACAUUCUGGUUCAUGAAGAAGAGACAAUGGUCAAGACUACAGAGAGGAUCACUAUCUAAUGAGAAGAGAGGCUUCUCAUUACUCUGGGCUGCAUUGUUCCUGGCUGCAUACGGUGUAUACCUAUUCUUACAGAUAUACAAAUUCAAGAGGACUGAUGGAUUUAUAUUAGAGUUCAUAUUGAUGGGAUUCAUAUCAAUAUCACUUGGACUUAUACUUCCAAGAUUUGCAUGGAUCGUCAGGAUGGUCUUCUUGGAGGCCUACGUCACACUGUAUCUAUUCUUCAUAUUUGAUCUGUACUACAAGAAACAGUACUAUAUCCCAUUGCUCUGUUUGGCCAGUGGCAUACUGGUGCUGACCAUCAUCAGCUUCUUUGUCUAUCCCUACAUCAUGCGUUGCAUCUACUCGAUCACUGGUGCACUGACACUUAUGGCCGACAAAGAGGCAUGGACAAAGGGCGAGAGCAAUCGAUUCACAAUCAAGCAGCGCAACUGUCUCAUUGGAACACCCACGACAUGCAUCUAUGAAGGACCUCUCGUCGAUGGACGUCCACAUGGCAUUGGCACAUGGAUGGACACAAGCUAUCAAGGCGAGCUACUCUCUGGCUACUGGGAGAAUGGUAUUCCCCUUGGACCAUUUGAGAGCAUGGAGAAUGACACACGUUCCCUCUUGGUCAAUCUCCGCAUUGUUUACGGUACCAAUGGUGGAGGUAAGAGUUGGCUUGACAGAGUGCCACUACACACUGGUGUCGCAGCAGUUGAGUGCUGUGUCUCUGGUAACUUCUUCAAGGGCUACCCCAAGGUGAGCAUGAUCAAAGGACCAGAUCACUGCUCUUGCAAGAAGAAGUGCAUUUGUAUUAAGAAGCUCUUUGACAAUAGGAGCUAUAGACAUAUUGAUGAGGACAAGACAAUCUCCUCUGUUGUAGUAUCAGUUGACAGAAAGUUGGAUACACUCUUGGUAUCUGGUCAUAAACCAAGACAACAUAUUCAAUCAAAAGUCACAAUCAAUUUGGAAGCAAACAAGGAAAAGGCAAACGUCAAGAGCUUGGUAUUGGACAACAACUGGAUAUCCAGUCAGUCCAAUGAGGGACUACUUUUUAUUCAUGGCUAUGAUCACGAUCUGAAGGAUGCCAUCAAACGAUUCGCUCAGUUCCUUGCACUUGGUCACUUCCCAAGCUAUCUGAAACCAUUUGUGUUCAACUGGCCAUCAUCCACCAGCUCACUUCUCUACUGGUGUGCACACUCCAUCGCCUCUGACAAUGACAAUCACCGCGACCUACAAAAGUUCAUCGAGAGUCUUGGACAUGCAGGCAUCCGCACACUUCACAUUAUGUGUCAUAGCAUGGGCACACGAUUCUUCCUGCGUUCAUUCUCCAAGGUGAAGAAAGCCUUUGGUAAACGCAUGGUGCUCAGUCCACAUGUCAGCUUCAGUGGUGUACCAACGGUGCCAGAGACCUCCUCCCCAUCAUCAUCACGUGGUGCAGGCUAUGAUGAAUCAAAGAUACAACUGGCCAACCUUAUCUUCCUCAAUCCAGACUAUGAGAUUGAGACCUUUAAGAAUGACUAUGAUGAGCUAAGGAAUUAUUGUCCAAAGAUGACAAUAUACGCAGAUCAUCGUGAUAUGGCCAUCAAGAUGGCAUUCAAGAUGCUACAAAAGCAGAACCUUGGCAACAACAUUAACCUAAUCAGUGAUGUGUAUGGACGUGCACUUGAUGUGGACAUUAUCGAUACUGGUGAUCUGGACAGUAACAUGUCGGAGCGACACCACUCUUUCUUCAACAUUAACAGACUGAUGGUAGACGACCUACAUGACCUCGUUGUGACGGGCAAGCGAGCCGAUGAACGUACCUCCCGUUUGAAGAAGGUGCACGAUGUAUACCGAUUCUCCAUCCUGCCAUCUUCAGUGGUUGUAGUCUAA